UGCAAAUGCAGUGGUAAAUCAGUAAUGAAUAAUGGGAAAUCAGUAAUGAAGUGCAAUGAGAUAACAGAAGAUCAAAGAACAGAAAUUUUUACAAGAUUUUGGAAUUUUUUGUGGAACGAAAAACAAUUGUUUCUAAGGACGCUGGUUGAAAAGAAAAGUACUUCAAGAGCUAGGGAUCGAAAAAAAGAGAACGAGUCAAGAAGGGAAUUUUCCUAUAUAUAUUUUCUUCAAACAACAUCCAAGAUAAGAGUGUGCAAAACAAUGUUUUGCAAUACUCUUUCAGUUGCACCAAGAACUGUUGCACAUUGGUUGAUUGAAAAAAAUAAAUCACAACACACUGCAAAUGAUUUGGUGGAUGAUGACCUUAAUGAUACGCGUGAUAAUAAUUCCUCCCAAAUAGUUAUUCCUAGAAAAGCGAAAAUCGACAAACAAAAAGAAAAUUUGUGCAAUUUCUUUACAGUUCUUCCAAAACUAGAGUCACAUUAUUGUCGAAAGAGCACAAAGAAAUUAUACCUUGAAAGAUCUUGGCAAACAAAAAUGGAAUUACCUAUACCGGUUUUAUAAGAAUGACUGGUGUACAAAAAACGAUUCACAACCGCUAUCUAUUGCAGCAUUUAAUAACAGUUUCGACGAUUUUAAUUUAGCACUUUUUUCACCUAAAAAGGACGAAUGUGAUACGUGUGUGGGUUACAAGACUGGUAAUAUUGACGAAGCUACCUAUCAAGAACAUCAGAAGAAAAAGGAGGAGGCACGAAAGGAAAAAGAGGUUGACAAAACAAAAGAAGAUGUAGAAGUUUUUU